CGUGCACUUGGCGCAAUCUCAAGCUUCGUUCUCUCUCUCACACUCUCUCUCUCUCCCUCUCUCUAGUUUCAAUCAAAAUCCAGUCUCUUCUCCAGCUUCUGAUAAACCCUAGAUUUUUCUGUUUGGGGAUUCCUUCUCUCCUUAGCUCCUCCAAUAAUUCCCCUACUUCAUGAAAUAAUACCCUUCACAAUUCAAUUGGUGGUCGGCUCUUUCGAUUGAGUUGAAAUCCUUUUUUACGCCAUGGACGACACCGAAGAUGAUGCCAGGUACCCACCAAAAGCUUACCCCCACAGUCGCGCAAAGAAGUCGCCUUUAUACUCCCACCGUCCGGUGGCCACUUACUUCAACCGCCGCGAUUACGUGGAGGACGAGGAAGACGAUGCCGACGACGAUUUCGAAGGCGAGAACGGCGUCGACUCCGACGAAGACGACAUCGGCAGAGGAUACCCCAACGAUUUCGAGCAGAACGAGGAGUUCGGGAGGUACCCCAAGAGGCAGAAGCUCAAGAAGUUGGCCCAGAAUUACGAGUUCGUGGCGCGAGCCCCGAGGAUGAGCAACCACAACCACGGGGAAGCUGAUUUCGCAGGCGAAGGGUGGAGCGAACAGGAAAAGUUCGUUCUUUUAGAGGUUUGGGGGGAGAGAUUUCUGCAGUUGGGCAGGAACAGCUUGAGAUCCACGGACUGGACCGAGGUUGCUGCGAAAGUUUCCGAGGCGUUGAAAAUCCAGAGGAAUGAAGCUCAGUGCAGGCAGAUGAUGGAUUCGUUGAAGAGAAGGUACAGGAAGGAGAAGGGCAAAGGUGGGUUGAAUACGAAAUGGGCGUUUUAUAGAAAGAUGGAUAUGCUAAUGAGGCAAGAGAAUGGACAUGUAGGGAGCAGUAGUGGUGGGUUUAGUUUAUCUUGUGGUGUGGAUUCAGGACAGUAUGUUUUUAUGGAUACUGGAGUGUAUUUGGAACGUGCUAAUAUGAAUGAUGAGAUGAGGGAUAGUCCGUGUGAAUCCGACGAGGAAGAUGAAGAGGAAGAAGAAGAGGAUAAGGGGGAGCUUAGUGGUGAUAUGUUCAAAGGUUUGCCUGUGUUGGCGGAUUCAGUUCAUAAGUUUGGUGAAAUAUAUGAGAAGAUAGAGAGCAGUAAGAGGGAUCAGAUGUUGGAAUUGGAAAGAAUGCGGGUUGAUUUCCAGAGGGAAUUGGAGUUGCAGAAGGAGCAAAUUUUGGAGAGGGCUCAGAGCGAAAUUGCUAAAAUCAGAGAAGGAGAGGAAGAGGAGGAGGAAGACGAUGCGGAGGAUGAUACUGGUUCGGAUUCUGAUGCUGAUGGUGGUGGUGGUGAUAAUGAAGAUGGGGCAGGGACGGAAGGAGACAAUGGCAGUGGUGACAAUGAUUCGGGUGUGAACGUCAGCGAAUAAUGUGAGUAAUAUUAUUGAUUAUGUUCGUUGAAAGUGUUGUAUAUAGCCUCAAGUUUUGAACUUUAGUGCGGAGAAAUAUGGUGAUGCUAGUGGUGUUCCUAGCUUAGCUAUUCUUUUUAUGCUGUUUUGGAUUAAGGGCUUGGUGUUGCAGGCUUGCAGCUAUGUGAUAUUUGUGUUAAGUGAUGAAAUUUGAUUUCGUAUGAAAUUAAUGAAAGAAUUUUCCACGCGAAUUAGUUAUUUGACAUUAGUAUGUGCAAUGUGGGGAUCAUAGUUAGGAACGGAUAGGAAGAUAAUAGAAAAUGGGAGAAUUGGUGUGAAACAUAUUGGUUCAGCAGCAAGGUUCCAUCAAAAUAGAUGAUGAAUCUUGAUUGUUUAAAUUGAAAAUCCAGUUGAGACUUGAGUGCUUGUUGGGCUGUCGGUUUUGAACUCUGCUCGUGUAUAAAACUGAUAUUAGCCAUUCAUAAUGCUUCCUAUUAACAUAAAACUUCUUAAUUCGUGCUAGCAGUGUUCCCAGAUGCUCUCAUUUUUAAGUAGAUAUUUUAUAGACAAUAAAAUAUAGUGGUGAAUUGAUAUUCUGUGUGUUUGAUAAUGGCUGGGUCAGGCAUUUAACACAUACAUGUCAUUAUAGUACUAAAAUAUCUCUCGGUCUGGAGAUUGAAUCCUGAUAUGUGCUUUAGUCAUUGUAAACAACUGCAGUUUUCUCGUUAAUUGUAGGAAAUUCGUGAUUCCCUUACUUUUGGAUGAUGAAGUGAAUUACAGCAUGGUAAGCUUUUGAUUGGUUUUGUUUGAUCCAUUACAUUCUUUCAACAUCUUUCUGAACUAUGUUGUGGCCCGUAUUGUACUUCGAUACUAAACAGGGUACUCCAAGUGUGUUUAACCUUCUGAAUCUGGACCCGAUAGAGAUGCAGCUGAGGCCUGAAACGGUGGUGUUCUGAAGAAAAAACAGGCUCUGGUUCGUCGCAACGCGGUGUACCUCAAUCCUCAGAAGCAAAAACAGUUAGGACUUAGGGGGUUCGUUCCAUGUAUUGCAAUCACAGGAAUGGAGAUAGCUUGGCUUUCCAGAGUCUUGAUUGCACGGGAAGUUCUGCAAUGACCAUAGUUCAAAUAGCUAAAAAUUUAACUCUUCUGCUGCUGUUCUUCUUAUCUUUUUUUUUUUUUUUUUUUUUUUUGCACUUCUCAUGAGCCUUGUUUCAAUGUUCUUUGUUGUGCAUGUAUGAUGUAACCAAUUACUAAUUAUUCGCCUUCGAGAAUUCCACAUGGAAUCAUGAUCCUAGACCUUCAGAACAAAAAAAGAUUGGAACU